CGCGUUCUUAAUAAACUUUAGUGAAUUGUCACUGUUAUUAAAGAAAAAUUAACUGUUGUUUUAGUUGUAGUAAAUAAAUAGCUGUCUGUGACAGUGAAGUGUUAAAUACUGAGUGGCACUUAUAGUGUUAAACUUAACACUUAAGAACGCGCUUUAAUGCGCUGCUUAAGAAUACAGUUAGGUGUUAAGAAAUCACAGUUUCGAUCUAAUAAAGAAUAGCUGUCAUUCUAACUGCAACGUGAAUGGUAGUGAGUGAUAAGUGUGCAGUUUUAGUGUUUUUGUGUGUGAAAUAACUGCGUGGUUUGCAGAAGUUUAGGGAUGUACAGUUAGAGCAGAAAAAGGCGUCGCUAGCAGCAUGCAGAACGCAACAGACACCACGCCGCCAUCAGGUGUGGUGGAACUGCGUGAAGAUAUCCCACUAAAAGCGGGUGCCAGUAGCGAUGGAAGCUGCGGCACUCCACGUCUCAUCGCUGGAUGCUUCGCUGCCCUGUCUGCGGCUGUGACUAUAGCCCUGCUCACUCAGAUAUACUAUGGCGACUACCAGGUGGUGCCCCACGGGUCUGUGUCAAGCGCAGCUGAGGCUUGCUCUUCAGCCGGCACGGGUGCUCUCAAAGCCGGCGGACGAGCGAUGGACGCCGCUGCUGCCUCUGCAUUAUGCCUAGCAUUGCUCGCGCCGCACCGCACUAGCAUUGAUGCAAGUGGAAGCCUCCUCUACUGGGAGUACCGUAACCGCACCGCCCGCGAUGAAGGCCCCACGCUCAUGGAGUGGGAGGGACCAAACCAAGGGGGCGUGCCGCGGCUACUGGUAGCGCUGGCGCAGCUGCAUGCACGGUAUGGUGCGUUGCCUUGGAGUCAGGUGCUACAGCCGGCCAUAGACCUCGCCAGAGGUGGUUACACAGUUUCAAGAGGAUUGGCGACAGCGGCAAGCGAUGCCGGCCGCGCCGGUUGGCUCGUGAAAGGCGUGCGCGCCGACUCCGCCUACGCCGACUAUCUUGAGACGCUGCAGCGCAACACUAGUGCAGAGCUAACGGAGAUGUGGUCCAAAGACGCAAACGCGGUGAGGUUUUCGUCGGCGCUGGCCGCUGUACCUGGCGGCUGGAGAUUAUUCGCCGGCGGCGCUGGCGCUGCAUCGGCGGCGAGAGCACUCGUCGCGGCGAUCGAGAUACCCUUCGAUGUUGAUGAGGCCGAACGCAGGGUAGUUGCUGCUCUUGUGAAUGAGGCGCACGAUGAAAUAUCGCCGGCCGGCGGUGUGGCAACUGGCCUGGCUGUGGUAGAUUCCGUUGACACCUACAUUGCACUUGUCACCGGGCUGUCAGUGCCGUUCGGCUCGUUGCCACCCUGGGGCGUGGAUGGCACGGACGGCGAGGGCAGCGCUGCCAACGCUCGAGAUUCACCCGCUGCACCGAUUGAUCUUGCACCUGCCAUCUUACUCAACGAGAACGUCUGUGGUACUCGCUAUAUCCUUGGGGCUGAAUCAUCAAGCGCGCUAGCGCAAGCAGCUGCCUCGCUAGCAACCAGCGCGGGCGACGAGCUCGGCCUGGCGAUAGAACGCGCUCGCGUCGGCGUGUUACCAGGCGGCGUGCUAGCAUUAGAAUCGGCGGCGCCGCCUUCGCUCCAGCCUCUAGUCGGCGCAACGGUCAAUGCUUCUCUUCCCUAUGCUGCGGUUAAUGUAGUACAGCAGCGGGGCGAUGCGCUUGCUAGUCAUGCUGACAGUCGCAGCGGUGGGCUUUCUUCGCGUUUCUAACAUUACAUUACACAGGUAACAUAUUUGUUAAAAACGAAGUAUUGUUGUAAGGUUGAUCGCCUGUUGUUACCUCUAUCCAAUUGUCUUUGUUUACGUUACUGUACAUUUAUUGUAUACUAUGUGAGGUGUGCAAUAAAGAGUAUUGUAUUGUAUUGUAGAUUUAAAAAAUCGAGUUUCCAAAUGCAAGGUUGCCUCAACCGUUGGAAAUUAUAUGCUUCUGUAACAAUUUGUAAGUCAUUUUAUAAACGCAUGUAACUCUUGAAAAGUGACUUCUGCUUAUAUUAUAGGUUCAACAUUAUUUCUAUGAAUAAUGUUGUCUAGUAUAGAAAAUACAAUGUUAUCUGAAAAAAAAAUUGUCACUGCCACUUCAGAAAUUUUCUGUUUUGCCUUAAGGCAUCAAAUCAGCUAUUUGUAUUUAUUUUUAUUGUGCAUUAAAAUGAAAUCAAAUAGUAAAUAAAGGAUGCUAAGCGUGUUGAAUAUGUACCUACCAUGGUGCGUCCGGCAGCUUGUUAUGUUUAUGAAGACUUAAGCAUAAUACUCAUAAAAACUUUAUACAUUAUUACUUU